AUGGAACCAGCGUACCGGGGUCUGGGUCGCUGUAUUUGUUGUUUCUGGCUCGCCGUGGCCUUCGACGUCGUCGGACUGCUCGUCCUUCUCAUCGGGGUGUUCGUGAACGUCUUUUUCUACGACUUGCUCAUUUACGCCGGCGCUAUUGUCAUCUUUCUCAGCCUCGUGUGGUGGGUGUUUUGGUACUCGGGCAACAUCGAGGUGCUUGCCUCCGAACUUGAGGAUGACGUAGGUCUAACAAAGAAGGACAAGAGCGGCAUUGGCGGUGCGGUCCGGCGGCUCUCCAAUCGCCUGGCCGGCAGCAUCAGGAACUCGCUGCGCAGGAACGGAGGAGUAGCAGCCGGUAGCCUCGGCCGGCAGGGAGGAGAGCGAGGGUCGGCUGCAGAUGCGGCUGUGGCCCCGCACUUGGAGCAGGUGGUCGUUGCCCUGGCAACUUUGAAGCCAAUUGAUCGAACUUUACAGAAGUAUGAUGCGGAGAUGCCGACCACAGCUACAGAGACCUCACCCACGUAA